AUGUCGUCGCACCGUUUGACGCGAGAACAAAAAGGAAAGGGGGCAGUAUCUUCUCGGGAUUCUGCUGAGAAUCCUGACAGUAUCCAUCACGAAGCAAUGAUGGAUACGGGGAAUAUGGAUCUAACGCAGCGUCUUUUGGUCUCGGAAGCAAGAGAUCAAUUCCGGGGUGACGACGACGGUCAAGAUGCGGUCGACAUCUCGACUGUUCCGAUCAGCUACUAUCCCGGAAACAUCUUCUCGGAGGAGAGUCCACUGGAGGUUUGGAGGAUUCGACCUUCGGUUGUAGAUGGACAGGACUGGUCGAACGUCGAGAGGACGAGGUCUACCGUGGAAUCGGUAGAGGCUAUCCUCCGAGAUUUCAACGCACACGGGGUCUCAUUUAUUAUUCCGAAACCAGAUCAGAGGCCUUGGUCACCUCCGAAGGGUUAUCAGUGCAUCUACGAGUCGUAUUUCCGGAACGACACAAAAAUGUGGCUUCCGAUUCCUCGAAUCGUCACGGCUUAUGCGUUCCGCCGAGGGGUUGCUCUAAGCCAGCUGAUGAACGGCUCUCUUCGUUUGAUGGUCGUUCUGUCGGUGAUUGCGGCUGAGGCGGGGACGUCGAUGAGUGUGAGGUCGUUUGAAGAGUUGACUUCGGUUUCAAUCUCCGACGAUGGGCUCGUCUCGACGAGGAUGCGCCCGAACUAUAACGUGGUCACGGGGUAUCCGACCAAAACCUCGGAUUGGCAACGUUCGUACUUUUAUGUGAAGUCGAACAGGUCUGCGUUCGAGGAACCUCCGAAAUCCGGUUAUCGCAUUCUUUGGAAUGCAGAGAUGGUUGGUCACCCGAAUCUUGCCGCAUACCCCGAGGAUUGGAAGGAGAGUGCUCGGAUCGUCGCGUUACAGAAGCAGGAUAACUGGGAGGAUUUUACUCGGGAGAGAAUCCAAAGAUCUGUAGAGCGGAUUGCGAGCCAGCAUUGGAUCUCGGAUUCGCUUCCUCUCAUCAAUCGAUCGACUUUGAAGCGGUUAUCCCUUUUCACACGAGCCGAACAGAAGGAGAUCAAUCGGGCCCGAACAAUGAAGCAACUGCCCGAUCUUAGCCUUAUUAUGGCAGGGAAGAUAGGUGCCAAAAAGGGUACUGACGACUCUGCGGAGGUCGGGAUUACGGACGCUGCUCCCGUUACCGCCGAGCGGGCGCCUACCGGCGGUUCUUCCCAGGGAAAGAACUCGAAGAAGAAGAAAAGCACGGAGACUCGGAAGGAGUCCAAUGAGAUGGGUCAAACCGAUCUGGGUAACUCCUCCAAGAAGGGUGGUAAGAAGAGGAAGGCCGUGGAACCGCCUGCGGAAGACGUUCCUAGGAAGAAGAAAAUGAAGAAGCAAGAUUUCUUCGUGCCCCGACCAUCCUCGGUUUGCGAGGAGGAACUCCAGGCUUUGGUUCCCGAUGCUACUCCCGACGUUGGGACCUCGGAUGAUGAUGAAAACGAGACCAUAGCUUUGCGUCGGAGGAGACGAGAGGGUCCUCAGCAGAGUCGUGGAGCCUCGGUGGGCGGUCAGGGCAUCUCGGAGGUUCCGAGGGAGUUGCCAGCCUCCGAAAGACAGCAAGUCCCCCUGAGGGGCGACUCUUCGGCUCAUAUUACGGAAGGUUCUGAGACCCGCGUGUCCGGCCGUCCCAAGGAAACCCCGGAGGAUGGGUUCAAGUUUGAGUUCAACCGAGAGCUUCCGCUGGCUUGUUACCCGGAGGAUUGUGCUCGCUUUCUGCGGUUAGUCAAAGGCGGUCCCGAUCAGCUUCCUUCGGUGGGGGACCUCAUCUUCAAAGACGAGUAUGAGCACGCCUCUUGCUCGUCGGUAAAGAGUCACGGCGACUGGAAUGUUCUGGUUGGGAAGUAUGACACAGCCCUCAGGCGGGCCAGAGAGCAGAUCUGUGAGAGUGAGGAAGCUAAGAAGAAAGCGGAGGAGGCUCUUCGGGUUUCUUCACGGGAAAAGACAGAAGCCAUUGCUCGGGAGAGAGCUCUCAGGAAAGCAUUUGACGAGACGCGAACAUCUGACGCGGCUGAGCUGCAGAUGUGUAAGGAGGCGAUGAACAACCUUGAAGUCGUGGUGGACAAGCAGCGGAAGGAAAAGGUUGAUUUAGAGAGAAGGAUGGCUGCGGAAUCACUUAGGCAUUCCGAGGAGAUGACCAGGCUUCGGAAAUCUCGUAGGUAUGAAGUUACGCACGAGAGAAUUCGCGUGCUGAUUGCCAUGAUUGCUAAGGCCGAGAAGCGCUUCCAUAAGAUUUCUCUUCGUGAGGACCAAAGAGACAAGUACGACGAUGCUCGAUGUCUCUACAGCCAAGCCUUUGGAACGAGGAAAUGCCUUGAGCAGAUUAAAGCCUCGGGUGUCGAAAUCCCGCAGGAAACCAUCGAUUUCUUCGCUGGGCAAGAGAGGCAUUAUGAAGAAGAAGCAGAACGCUUGGAAGUAAAGGAGAUUCCAGCAGAGGACCUUCGCCUCUCCCCGCUAGUGUUGGAGUCUCGGUUCCUGAUCGAAGAGAUUUGGCGUCAGCUCGACCCGUUUGGAUCGAACAUUGGUUUGAUCGAUUCAGAGGCUGCUAUUGCUCUUCGUACUCCUCUCGCCGACCGAGAUCCCCGCUCUGAAGAUCCGACGGAGAAGCCCGCUUAG